UUAUUCACAAUUGUUUCCUUGUAUCUCUUCGGGUAAGACCAGAAGAAAUUUUAUAAACAUUUAUGCUCGUACUACAAAAUAUAAAAAUUCGACCGUUCCAUAUUUGGCACGAGUAUUGUGUGAAGAGACAAAUAUCAGAAAAGAACUUUUACAACUUUUGAAUCAGUAACUAAACUAUAAAAUGAAAUGAUGCAUAUUAAUGCAAGUGUUAUUUGUUAUAUUAUUUAUUUAUUAUUCACUAUGACCUAGUAAUGGUAUGAUUUUGUUGGGUUUUUUAUUUUUAUUUAUUUUUUUAUUAUUUUUCCUAUUAACUAUCAAUAUUUUAACAUUUUAUAUAUUUAUAUAAUUAUAGACAGAGCUAAACCAUUGCAAUAUGUAAAAGAAACGCUGAAAAUUCCAUGCUGUAAAUUUUUAUUGUUGUGGAAUAAAGUGAUUAUUAUUAUUAUUAUUAUUAUUAUAUUACCUGUCUGGGGCCGUCGUGAUGUCAGUCUGGUUGUCAAAGAUCGGGUCUUCAACGCUUGGGUGCUGUCAGUCUACCUCGCCUACAACGCCUAUGAAACCUAACCUCUCCAAGUUGCAUAUUCUAUCACUGCUUCCUCUGCAGAAUUGCUUGUAUACGUGAACAGAUCACUGUAUAAGUAAUUCUUUCUGAGGUCUGGCAGCGUGUAUCUCGACACUGUGGUGGAGAUCACCUUUCAUUGAGUAUCGUCAUUUUGAAACACCGGCUUCGGUGACAUAGAUUUGUGCUACGAGUGUCAUCCCAUUGGUCCCGUAUUAUUCGCUGUUCGCUAGCCCAGGUACUGACUGGAUGAGAAAACUGGGGAGAGAGGUGGUGAGCCUGUGACAUAGCUCUGUAAUUCUCAUCAUACUGUCUAACCUUUCAUAUGCAUAUUCGAUGGCAGAAGCUGGAAUUUAUAGGCCUUUAGAUCUCGCCCCAGAGGCGCAUCAUGGUUUACAAAAUCGCCUCGUAACCGGUAGCUCCUGUGUUCGAACCCCGUCAAUUGGUGCGUACUGCCGAUGAUUCCCAAACUUAUACUCCACUUCAAAUUGAAGUAUGCGCUGAAGAUGUCGCCUAGUAGGGCGAUGAAAGCUUCGCAAAUCAAAUAUCCAGCUCAGAGAACACAACCACAUCAAAACGAAUGUUCUUUUCGUUAACCUCUUCAUCAUUAGGUUCUACAGUUAUAUAUACAUAAUAGUAAAUGAAUGAAUUGGUGUCAUUAACAACAUUAAUGUUGUUCAAAUAACAUCGAAUCAAUAAUAACAGCAUCAAUGGAUUACAGUUCUACAACAUCAACAUAACACUACCCACUGACCUAACCGAUAGUUACUACCUUGAUGUGACGGUCACCUGGCUUGCAAAUCGCGAUGACCCAAAAAGCUACACUGGCUGGAACCAAUGUUCCUGCAGGUCCUACCAUGCCAGGAAGGUUGUUAGGACAGUGAUUAAACUAAAAGCAGUUACCGGAAUUGUGUAAGAAUCUUUCUUACACUAUGUUGGGGAGGGUCUGUGGGCGAAGUCGUACUGCUGGGGAACAGGGGUGUAACAGCUGCAGUAAGGUGUUUCCCUCAGAUGACCAGCAUGCCAGCCAGCUAUGUUGUCUCUUCACUCUGGAGAGAAGGGGUUAGAAAAGGUCGACCCCAAAAAUUGUACAUUCCGACUCACCCCACCUACGGUGGUCCGUAACAAACGGUAAGUUUACUAAUACGGAACCAAUGCCACAAACCAGUUCAUACAGGCCGUGUGUGAGCGGUUGGUCUCAAACAGUUGUCCCCUGGGCUCAGAAGUCACGCAACACUUAACGCUCUCUCUGUUUCAAGUACCCGAUGAAUCAAGCAACUUCCAUAGUGUUGGCAACAGGGAGGUAACAACCGCCCACAGACUUCCAAAAGCACACAUAACACUACACACACUGAAUAUCAUACAGUGAAAUUAGGAAAGAUAAUAAUACAAAUUCAUAAAUUUAUAGUCUCUACUGAAGGCCAGUCAGGGCAGUAGUAGUCAGUUGCUCGCUGGACUUGCUUCUUCCGCUCACAGGGCACCGGUUUUUUCAGGAGAAUCACGGUAUCCUCUACUGUUUGGAGUAUGCGAUACUUGGAUGUUUUUGGCAAUUUAUUUGGUAUCUGGUAGAUGAUGAUAGAGAAGGAUUCUUUAAUGCUGGCUAGCUUUGGACCAGGUGGUCUAAUAUUGAACUGUUGGUGGUUGUUUACUACACCUUUGUUUAGUCACAUUUUGGUAGAUGUGAUAUUAUUGUGAUCUGGUGGCGUUGUUUUUAUGGCGUGUACUCUCUCUAGCCUCACACCUUACCCUAAUCUUUUUUUAUUGGGCUCACUACUAGUUAGGCGCACGUGGUUUAGUGAUUGCAUCAUUCGGGAAUAGAACUCUUAGAACACUGGAGAGUAGUUGAAGAGUAUCCCGCUACUGAGACAUUCGUAUGAGCUGGCAAUGUUAAUGUUCUUUUCCUUUUAGACAGGGUGUAUUCCCAAGAUAUGCUCAAAUUAUUUGGGCAAAAAUAGCACGUUUUCGUUGGUGGCCGUGUGAAAUAAUCCACGCGCGAAAUGCUCCUAUCAAUAUCUUGAAUAUGUCACAUCCAGAAGGUUCAUUUCCAGUGCAUUUUCUUGCCUCUGAAGAAUAUCAAUGGCUCAAUCGUGGUCGUGUAUUUCCCUAUGAAAUUGGCUUACAAACUCCAGCAGCUAAAGAUACGCAUAGUUCAAGUAAAAUUGAAGCAGCUUUUUCACGAU